CCAAACGCGCACGUGGAACGAAUCGGUGGUAGGGUGCGUACGGGGCGGGGCCGAGGUUGGCACGACAGGAUGUCCCCUAGCAAAUCGUUUUUGGUGGAGAAUCCUUSCGCGUACUUAGGAAUACCGGCAGCACUUAUUGGGUUUCCGAAUGACGUUGUGUGUGACACCCCUUGGUUCUUCCUGGACCCGUAGGAGCUACCGCACAGUAGUACGGGGGGGGAGGGCAAUCCACCCAUCACUCACCGAUCGAGGUGGGGACACGAGAGCGCAUAAGUAACCACCCACACUAUCAAAAAACUCUUCAACACGAAUUGUUUCGUGUUGUUUGUUUGGCAGAAACCGGAGAAGGAAAACAAAAACUGCCAUCCUUUCGUGUUCUACGGAACGCACCGUAGCGUCUCGUACCGUACACAACGAGGCGGAUAGGAAAAACUCCUCAAGCUGCCAAAAGGCACGACAAGCAAGCAAGCAAGACAAAAAAAAAAGAACAAGACAAGACAAGACCAGCCCCCCCCUCCUUGCUCGCCGAAAACAAAUUUUGGAUUUCGACAYCCACCGGAUACGUCACGGCACCGCAAUCAAGGCACCCUUCCGUCUCGCAUUCCCUUCCCUUUUCUCUCCCGUUCCUCGGCCUUCCACAACGCGCAGAACAAGGCAAAGCCUAACUAUUAUCGUCGAAGCGAUCUGUUCCGCUCGCCGUUUCCGCCASUUGUUUCUCUAUAGAAGCCCUUCUUCCAGAACAAACACGUCCCCGUGUCUCUCUUUGUUCUGAUUCCGACACAGAACAAUCCAUCAAGCUGGACAAAAAAGAAGUUUGWGAGCAGAGCUGUCAACACAAGAAGGAACCACAGUACUUGUGUACCUCGUACGUCGAAUCAACCGACGCCAGCAAUUGCCAACAAUCCAAUUCAAUCCAAUCCAAACCAAACGAAAACGAAAACGAAAACACAACCCAACGAAUCGAAACCGAGACAAUCGUCAUCAAUUCUCCGCUUGUUCUCAUUUCGUCCUCGUUUUCCUUCCAUUUCCAUUACAGCGUGCCGAUAGUUUUGRAUCGGCCCACCACCGGAACGGAAGUUUGAAGAACACGGCAUCGUCCAUCCAGUCGCAAAGAACACGAAGAAGAGCAAACGGCAGCGCGGAAGAGAAGAGAAGAGAAGCACAUCGCGGUCUCCAUUGCAAGCCAUCCCAUAGCAAUCUCGUAGCAAUCCAAUCCCAGUCCCAAUCUCUUACACACACACACACACUACACAGUCACACUACACACCACAGCCAUGCCACCGAACCGAUCCGAAACACCGGCGGCUCCGAGCAGCGCCUUUGAGCUCCAGGCCAAGGCCGACGAGUGGAUGGAGGUCACCCCCACCGAGGAACUCCUCCGGGCCGAGCUCGGGCGCCUCCAGGCCGCCUUUUCCAAGUGCUCCCACCAGCUGGAGAGCUCCCGCCUGGAGAACGACCUGCUGAAGGACCGGUCGGCCGCCCAGGAGAAGGAGACCUCCGACCUCAAGCAGGCCCUCGAGGAAGAAAAGGCGAGKGCCAAGAASGCCCUCUCGGAGGCCCUGGCCCACCACAAGCGCACCCGCACCGAACUGGAAGAGACCCUGGAGGAGAAAAAGGCCGCGGAGGCCAGGGCGGAGGCUUCUUCUGCCGCCCUGGAAGACCGGCUCUCGCAGGCCAACCGGGAGAAGGAAGCCCUCGAGGAAAAGCUCGCCGGAGCCACCAAGGCACUGAGCACCUGCACCAAGACGAUCACCCGGAUGCAGACCGARGCGGCAGCCGCGAAAGCCGCUGCCGAGAAGCACGCCGAAACCAUCUCCCAACGGGCCAAGCAGGCCCUCUCCCGGUCCAAAGAAGACAUCUCCAUCCACAAGAACCAGGCCGUCCGCUUCGCCGAGGACCUCCGCCGGGUCCGCGAAUCGCACUCGGAAACCAAAAAGGCCCUCUCGGCUUCCAGGGAAGAAACCGCCCUGCAGACCAAGAAACGCAAACAGGCAGAGGCCACCACCCAGACCAUUGCGGUCCUGGCCGAGUCUCUCAAGGCCAAGAUCGCCAGCCUGGAGGGAAGCCUGGUGGUGGAGGCCAAGCGCUCCGAAAAGACCAAACAGGAMCUGGAGGACCGCUGCGGGGCCCUCUCGGCCGAGCUGAAACUCCGCCGGUCCGACCUGGAGGAACUCGGGGCCUCCCACGAGAAACUCCGUUCCGAGCUGACCGAGGCGGAGGCCGACCUCCGGGGCCGGUCCGUCGAGGCCGCCUCGCAAAAGGCCAGGGCGGARGCGACGGAGUCCUGCCACCAGGGCCUCCUCGAGCGCCAGGCGGAGCUGGAAGACGASCUCGAGGAGGUCCGGGACGAGCUGGACCGGGCCCACUCGGACGUCCACUCCACCAGGGCCGAGCUCGAGGAGACCCAGCGGCAGACGGCCACCCUCCGGGAGAGCACGGGGGCCCUGCUCAGGCUCCACCUCGAGGACCAGAGAAAGSAAUACGAGGCCAGGCUGCACCACCUCCACUCCAUCCUCGGACUCACCUUUGCCAGGGCGGUCCGGAACGAGGUCGCCGGGGCGGUCCCGGUGGUCCUCGACCACCUGCUGCCGAGGGAGAUGAAGCAGGCGAUCCCCCUCCUGCUCGCGUCGGCCUCGUCGGCGUCCGCGUCCAAGUCGACGGUGCACCGCACCCACCCGGCACAGGCCAAGGCAAAGGCAACGACAAAGGCAAAGGCAAAGGCACGAGCCGUGGACCCCCCGCCGUCCGAAGAAUGCAAGCAGUAAAGAAAGAAAGAACGCAAGCAAGCAAGCAACCCGGCACCCUUUCGUGUGGGCACCACACCGGACCCUACCGGACCCUACCGCAUCACAUCGCACCGUACCACAUCGUACGUGCGGGACCGCAUCCACCCCUUGCCGAGAGGCACGCAAGCACACGCGCACACGCAACACAACUACUACUAUGUAUAUCUACCUACCACCACCUAUCUUCCUAUCUAUCCUAUAGUAUGUUCUUAUAAUCCCACCYCAAACACACCACGCUGCCGCUUCUCGUUGCUUGCUCGUUCCAAACAAAGCAGAGGAGGGCUCGGGUCGAUCGAUCGAUCGAUCGGAUCGGAUCGAUCGAUCCGAGGACCGUUCCUGGCACUUCUGUUGCUAUACUACUAGUUAGUUGUAGUAGAGAACACACCACGAUACCGACGAGAAGCCACCACUAGAACCACACGACAGCGAAAAACACAAAAGGACCAGCUUGCAGUCUCCUUGUCAGAGUCCUAGCAAUGCUCCUGAGAUGUUCUACCGUGCAUACAAGAAUGCUCUURGUACUCAGAUGCGAAUAACCAUAGACUACUUCU